UUCGUAGAGUGAAAAAAAAAGAAACGUCAAAAGCGGGCGAAAUCUCAUAAGAUUCUAUUUUUGUUGUUACACUGGAGAAUUCAAAUAUUUUUCCAGCAGUUGGUCCCAUUGGAAUAUGGAAUUAUCGCUGGUAUUUUCGUGAUUAAAUCCGAAUUGAGUUACAUACACAAAAACUUUGCAUGCAAAUGGUAUGAUUCAAUAAAAUCAAACUCACAAAUCACAUUGAAUUUGAUCAAUUUAAUGGCGAAUGAAAUUCCCUCCUGAAGCCAAUUUAAGCAUCCAUUGUGUUGUUUAGUGAUUUCUUUGUUUCAUCUAACACUGUUUUCUUCAGACAUUCAAUGCGUUCGUACUUGGUUGCAUGAAUUUUGUGAGCAAAUUCUAUUUAUUCGCAACAAAAUGAUAAGACGCAUAAAAAUGCAAUCAAACUUUGGUAAAUGUUGUUUUCACUUCUUUGCGUAAAUGCAAUUAUUUUGACAUUACGAUUUCGUGUAUUUGUACAGUCUCACGAAGUUCGUUCUAUCUCUCCAAAUGUCAUUGGUCAUUUAAUCUCCAUCGAUUGCGGUUUGUGUGUGUGUGUGUGUGUGUGUGUGUGUGUGUGUGCGUAUGUAGUUCGAAGCAUAUGAUGGUAUGUGUGAGCAUCAUCGGUGUUGGUAACAACUCAAAUAUUUGUACGUUAAACAGAGUUCGUUUCACUUGAUGCUUAUUACAGAUUAAAUCAAACCAUUUCCAAUCAUUGAAUCAGAUGAAUAAAAACGAGAAAUGAAUUUCCAUUUGAUUUCUGCAUCGUUCCAUUGAAAUGUGAUAGCAUUUAGUUUGCAUCGGAAUGGCUUUAGGGUGAUACCGUUUUUCGUGUCUCCAAUGUCAUUUGAGUUGCCGCUCGCAUUGAUUGGUGGCGCUGUAUUCGGUCGUCCAUUUUCAAUCGAUUACUAAGGAGAAAAAAAAAUAGAAUCGUCUUGAAACCGCAAGGUCGGAAAGCUGUAAAUUUCCACAAAGAAAGUCGCAAAAUCUGAAAUCAAUUUGAUUUUUGUUUUAGUUUACUUUUAAUCUACAGUGCACGGAAUUUUAGGAUUUUGUUAUAUGGUAGCAUCAACUUUUUUUUGGAUUUACGUUUCGUCAUUUAAUUCUUUUGUUGAGCGAAAAACUUGUUUCGACCGUGUUCUGUUCAUUGGUGUGUUGUUCGUAGAAAAAGAAGAAGCAGUCACAAAAGCAAGUAAUAUAUAGAAGAAAGGUUUCAAUUUAGAACUGUGUAUCUGCGCGCCUUGUGUCUCUCAUUCAGUCUUUCACGCAAAUACACAGAAAAACGCACGAUUUUUGUACGGUGCAAAGUGGAGACGAAUACACACAUCUCAUAAAAAUAUCUAUAACGCAAUUUGGCAGUAAUUUGCAAAUCAAAAGAAAAACGAGAAUAAGGUGCGAAAUAUAACCGAAACUAUGGCUGCUAGCGAUAAACCGUCUGACGAAUCAUUGUAUCCAAUUGCGGUUUUAAUUGAUGAAUUAAAAAAUGAAGACAUUCAGCUUCGUUUGAACUCAAUUAAAAAACUAUCGACAAUCGCAUUGGCAUUGGGCGAGGAACGUACACGAUCCGAACUAAUUCCAUUCUUGACCGAGACAAUUUACGAUGAGGAUGAAGUGCUUCUUGCAUUGGCCGAACAAUUGGGUCAAUUCACAAAUUUGGUUGGAGGUCCAGCAUAUGCAAUGUCAUUGAUUCCGCCGUUGGAAAGCUUGGCCACAGUCGAAGAGACAGUUGUACGUGAUAAAGCGGUUGAAUCAUUGAAAAUGGUUGCAUCACAACACAGUGUGGCCGAUUUACAAACCCAUUUCAUUCCAACAUUAAACACUCUGACAUUUGGUGAUUGGUUCACAUCACGCACAUCAGCUUGUGCAUUGUUCACGGUGUGUUAUCCACGCGUGUCACCAGCAAUUAAAGCCGAAUUACGCAAUAACUUCCGUCAAUUGUGUCAAGAUGAGACUCCAAUGGUGCGUCGUGCUGCCGCUAGUAAAUUGGGCGAAUUUGCAAAAGUAGUUGAAGUUGAGUAUUUGAAAUCGGAUUUGAUUCCAAUGUUCGUUCAAUUAGCGCAAGACGAUCAGGACUCAGUGCGUUUAUUGGCUGUUGAAGCGUGCGUUAGCAUUGCACAGCUCCUGCAACAGGAGGAUGUUGAACAGUUGGUGAUGCCAACAUUGCGCCAAUGUGUAAACGACUCAUCCUGGCGUGUGCGCUACAUGGUAGCCGACAAGUUCUGCGACUUGCAGAAGGCUGUUGGACCAGAUAUCACACGUACUGACCUCGUCACCGCUUUCCAAUCCCUAUUAAAAGAUACGGAAGCUGAGGUUCGUUCGGCCGCCGCUUCAAAGGUCAAAGAAUUCUGCGCAAACUUAGACAAAACGAAUCAGGUUCAAAUAAUUAUGACAUCAAUUUUGCCAUACGUCAAAGAGCUCGUCUCUGAUCCAAAUCAGCAUGUAAAAUCUGCUUUGGCAUCAGUUAUCAUGGGCUUGAGCCCGAUACUCGGCGUCUACAAUACCGUUGAACAUUUACUGCCGUUGUUCUUAAUCCAGUUGAAAGAUGAAUGCCCAGACGUUCGACUGAACAUCAUUUCGAAUUUGGACUGUGUAAAUGAUGUCAUCGGAAUUCAGCAAUUGUCACAAUCACUCCUACCAGCGAUCGUCGAAUUGGCUGAGGACUCGAAAUGGCGUGUACGCUUAGCUAUUAUCGAAUACAUGCCAGCGCUUGCUGGUCAAUUGGGACAGGAAUUCUUUGAUCAGAAAUUGCGUAAAUUGUGCAUGGAUUGGCUCAGCGAUCAUGUUUAUGCAAUUCGUGAGGCGGCUACACUGAACACUAAGAAAUUAGUCGAUCAAUUUGGAUCAUCGUGGGCAGAAAACACCAUAAUUCCAUCAGUUUUAGUUAUGGCACGUGACAAGAACUACUUGCACCGAAUGACCUGUCUAUUUUGUAUCAACGUUUUGGCCGAAGCUUGUGGCGUUGAAAUGACAACCAAAUUAUUAUUGCCAACUGUUUUACUAUUGGCCACCGAUGGAGUGGCCAAUGUUCGUUUCAAUGUGGCAAAAACAUUGCAGAAAAUUUCACCUUAUUUGGAAGCCACAGCCAUUGAGACACAGGUUAAACCGGCUUUGGAACAAUUGAAUGUAGAUCCCGAUGUAGAUGUCAAGCAUUUUGCAUCAGAGGCCAUCGCAGGAAUUGCCGCUUAAAUUAUCGCGAGGUCCCAUUUUUUUUACACAUUUCAAAACAACUAAUGUAUAAGAUGAUUAAGAUGGAAGCUUCAAAAGAAGACCAAUGUUUUCUAUAUGUCUAAAGGAAAGCAGAAAAAAUUAAAUUGUAGCAAUUAAGUGAAGCAUAAAUAAGUUCAAUAAAAUGGAUAAUUAAUAACAAAACUUGUUGCAGAAAAUAAAUCUCAUUUUAAGAUGAUUAUCCACAUAAAAAUUCAAUGAAAAAGUGAUUAUGAUUUUGGUAAAUUGAUCGCCGUAAAAAAAAAAGCAUUAGAAUUUUUACGAAUAAAUUUUGAUUUGUUUUUAUAGAGCGGUUUCACCACCACCAACACAACCACCAUACAUCAUGACUCUUGUCAAAAUUUACUUUAGGAAAAAAAUAAAAUAAAUUAAAUCAUUCAUUUCAGGCUAUUUUACAUGCAAUUAUAAAAAUGAAAAUUGUGCAGAACCGCUCCCGAAUCGUUGUGUAUUUGAUUGUGUGUCGACGAAAAGUUGACAAAUGUUCGAUGAUAUUUUGAAAGAUGCAGAUGCAAAAAUAAAUUGUUUUUGAAGACACAAAUGUUGAAUUGCGAAUAUGUAUUAUACAUCUUGAAUCUAAAAAACAAAAAAAAAGAAGCAAAAUGAAUAGUGGAAACGUAACACAUUUUAAUCGCAUAAGUUCAAUUCAUUGUGAAUUUUUAUUUCAAAUAUUCAUUAAAAUAAAUUAUUCAUACGUAUGAACAAUAUCUACUAAAUAAAUAGGAUGAAACGAACAUUAA